AUGGUGGAACGCACCAGGAAGAGUAUCACCGCCGUCACGCCUCCUCACUCUGACGCUGGCCGAUGCAUUCCACCCUGGAACGCGGCAGCGGCACUACGGGAUCCGUAUCUGAGACAUCUUCUGGCCUUCAUAUUUGCUAUAGAGGAAAUUAACAACAGAACAGACCUGCUGCCGAACAUCACGUUGGGAUUCCAGGUUUAUGAUACGUGUAAUAGGGAACGUGAAACUGUACAGAGUGUUCUGGAUGUCCUAUCCGGGUCAGAGGAUCCAAUUCCAAACUAUGAUUGUCAUAAGAAGAGUACAGUGUUUGGGUUCAUAGGUCACCGGACCAUCUCCUCCUCUAUGGCAUCAGCAGAACUGACGGGGGUCUAUCAAUAUCCUCAGCAAGUCACCUCUCCUAAACUGUCUGAUAACGACCUCCUGGCUGGUGUCAAUUCACACAGCCGAAGGAAGCACGGGGAGGGGGGAGAAGAUAUCAGCUAUGGCGCAAUGAAUCCAAGCUUCGAUAGUAAGUUCCAGUUUCCCUCAUUUUAUAGCACAGUCCCUGAAGUGAAGGAUCAAUUUAUAGCCAUCAUCCUCUUACUGAAGCAUUUUGGCUGGAAUUGGAUGAACAGGUAUCUGAGGAGAGCGCACAUCACAACUAAAGGAGGAGAGGAGAUACAGUUUAAUGAUGGAAAAGUCUCACCCAGGUUUGAUCUAUUAAACAUCGUAUUUACACCUAAUAAAUCCUUAUCAAUGAUUACUGUUGGAUCUUUUUACAAUUACGGGAAAGAAGUGAAACUCCAACUUAAUGAGAGUGCAAUUCAGUGGAGUCCACAAUUCUCUCAGACUCCACGUUCUCUGUGCUCCGAGAGCUGCCUCCCCGGAUACCAAAAACUUCAACAUAAAGGAGGACAACCAUGCUGUCACCACUGUGUACCCUGCCCGGAGAAUGAGAUCACCAAUAAGAAUGACAUGGAAAGGUGUUAUAAGUGUCCAGAGGAUCAAUGGCCCAAUGAGAGAAGAGACAGCUGUAUACAAAGAACAAUUGAUUUCCUGUCUUAUGGAGAUACAUUGGGAACUUCUCUUAUGUUUAUGGCUCUAUUAUUCUGUUUUGGAACUAUUAUCAUGUUUGGGAUAUUUGUGAAACACAAAGACACUCCAAUAGUAAAAGCCAAUAACCGGACCCUCAGCUUCAUCCUUCUCAUCUCACUGAUCCUGUCCUUUCUUUGUCCUCUGCUCUUCAUCGGACGUCCCACAAAGAUCUCCUGUCUUCUCCGACAAGCUGUUUUUGGGGCAAUUUUCUCUGUUGCAGUUUCUUCGGUUUUGGCUAAAACAGUUACUGUUGUUUUGGCUUUUAAUGUCACCAGACCUAACAGUAUUAACAAGUGGAUGAAAAAACAAUUCUCUGUUUUCCUCCUGAUUAUCUGCUCUUCUGGGCAGCUUGUGAUCUGUGUCUUCUGGUUUGUCUUUUCCCCACCAUUCCCAGAGUAUGACACCAAAGUGGAGAUGGGAAAGAUGAUAUUACAGUGUAACGAGGGCUCUGUCACUGCUUUCUACAUUGUGAUUGGCUACAUGGGAGGUCUGGCUGUGUUCAGCUUUAUUGUAGCAUUUUUAGCCAGGAAACUUCCCGACACGUUCAAUGAAGCUCAGUACAUCACAUUCAGCAUGCUGGUCUUCUGCAGUGUUUGGAUCUCCUUCAUCCCAGCCUACCUCAGCACCAAAGGGAAAUACAUGGUGGCUGUGGAGGUCUUCGCCAUCUUGUCCUCCAGUGCUGGACUCCUGGGCUGCAUCUUCAUUCCCAAAUGUUACAUCAUUCUGAUGAGACCGGAGCUGAAUGUGAAGGCGACUGUAGCCCAAAGAAAAGCACUUCAGUAA